GCGGGUCCUGGUGCCCCUGGGCAGAGUGGCAGCUUAGCUGGCCAAUGGGCGGUCAGUGCGAGGCAGGGCGCAGUGUGAGGAGGUGCGCGGGAUGUUGGCCGCUCGGAGGCUCGGGUAGAACAGGAGGAUCUAGGAGGAAGCAGGGGGGAGACACAGAGCGAGGUUCGGGUGCCCGGCUCAGGUCUGCACACUUGGAAGUCCUUCCUAGCGGCUUCAUGUUGGCGAUCUUGGCUUUCCAUCACCCUGAGGAGGUUCUUUCAUGUCCUUCCGCUUACCACUUUUCAGGUUCUUGGAUCUGGUUUUAAUUGCCCGAAGAAUCUCUUAGGCCUGACAUGAGCUCCCAGACUCACCCAGAUGGAAUAUCUGGUCGGGACCAACCAGUGGAGCUUCUAACGCAGACUCGUGCCAAACACAUGCCAAGCACUGUUGAUGUUAGUGCUGCACUGCCACUUCAAGUGGCUUCCGGCACCCUUUCUAUGGACAUUCGACUGGAUCCCCAGUACGCUAUCUCUGGAUCGGACGGUGCUGGGAGGGAGCAGCAGCUGCAGCAGGAGCUGAUGGCCCUAAAGCAGAAGCAACAAAUCCAGCGGCAGCUCCUCAUAGCAGAAUUUCAGAGGCAGCACGAACAGCUGUCCAGGCAGCAUGAGGCCCAGCUACACGAACACGUGAAGCAGCAGCAGGAGCUUUUGGCUAUGAAACAUCAGCAGGAACUUCUGGAACACCAGAGAAAACUGGAGCAACAUCGGCAGGAGCAAGAGAUGGAAAAGCAGCAGAGGGAACAGAAACUGUUACAGCUUAAGAACAAGGAAAAGGGAAAAGAAAGUGCUGUUGCAAGCACUGAAGUUAAAAUGAAGUUACAGGAAUUUGUCCUGAAUAAGAAGAAGGCACUGGCUCACCGAAGCCUAAACCACUGCAUGUCUAGUGACCCUCGCUUCUGGAAGACCCAGCAUAGCUCCCUAGACCAGAGCCCACCUCCUCAGGGAGGCAUUUCCGGCUCAUACCACCAUCCCAUCCUGGGAAUGUACGACUCAAAGGAUGACUUCCCUCUAAGAAAGACAGCAUCUGAGCCCAAUCUGAAGUUGCGCUCCAGACUGAAGCAGAAGGUGGCCGAGCGCAGGAGCAGCCCUCUUCUGAGAAGAAAAGAUGGUCCAGGUGUCACCACUCUGAAGAAGCGUCCGCUGGAUGUGUCGGACUCUGUAUGUAACAGUGCUCCUGGCUCCGGCCCCAGCUCUCCAAACAACAGCUCAAGCAACAUCACCACUGAGAAUGGCAUUGCCGGACCUUUAGGACUGCAGUCAGAGGCUUCACUGGCUCACAGGCUGGUGAACAGAGAAGGUUCUGUGACCCAGCUCCCUCUCUACACGUCACCCUCUCUACCUAACAUCACCUUGGGGCUCCCUGCUACUGGGUCUGCCAAUGGUGGCUCAGGACAGGAGACUGAACACCUCUCCUUGCCUACAAUCCAACAACGACUCUCCUUGUUCCCUUCUGCUCACCUCACUCCUUACCUUGGUUCUGACGCAGCAAGCUCACAUAACUCCCUCUUGCAGCAUAUGGUCCUGCUAGAACAGCCCAGUGCACAGAGCCCAUUGGUGUCAGGGUUGGGUGCACUCCCUCUUCACUCCCAGUCCUUAGUGUCCUCAGACCGUCUCUCCCCCACAAUCCACAAGUUACGUCAGCACCGCCCUCUGGGCCGUACACAGUCUGCGCCGCUGCCUCAGAACUCUCAUGCUUUGCAGCACUUGGUCAUCCAGCAACAGCACCAACAGUUCCUUGAGAAGCACAAACAGCAGUUUCAGCAGCAGCAGCUCCACCUCAAUAAGAUGAUUCCUAAAGUAAAUGAGGUUUCUCGACAACACGAAAGCCACCCUGAGGAGACGGAGGAGGAGCUGAGGGAGCACCAGGCUCUCCACGAGGAGACCUAUACGGAGCAUGCGUCGGAGCAUAAGGAGCAGAGUAUUGGGAGUGUUGUGCGUGUGAAGCAGGAGAGAGAGGAGAGCGAGGAUGAAACCAACACGCAGGAGCUAGAACAGAAUCAAAUACAGACUGACCAAGACCUUCUAUUCCGGCAGCAAACACUUUUACUGGAGCAGCAGCGCAUACACCAGCUGAGGAACUACCAGGCCUCAAUGGAAGCAGCUGGCUUAGUGGUACCCUUCAGUGGGCACAGACCUCUUUCAAGAGCUCAGUCCUCACCAGCCUCCGCCUCCUUCCCCAUGUCUGUUCAAGAAACACCCAGCAAACCUCGAUUUACCACAGGACUUGUGUAUGACACAUUGAUGCAAAAACAUCAGUGCAUCUGCGGGAACACAAACAGCCACCCCGAGCAUGCUGGGCGAAUACAAAGCAUCUGGUCAAGGCUCCAAGAGACUGGUCUGCGUAGCAUGUGUGAGUGUAUACGGGGGAGAAAAGCGACCCUGGAGGAACUGCAGAGCGUACACUCCGAGGCACAUACUCUGCUCUACGGCACCAACCCUUUGAAUCGGCAAAAACUAGAGGGAUCUUUGACCUCCAUGUUCGUCCGUCUACCAUGUGGCGGGGUUGGGGUCGACAGUGAUACCAUAUGGAAUGAGGUCCAUUCGUCCGGAGCAGCUCGCCUAGCAGUGGGAUGUGUAGUGGAACUUGCCUCCAAGGUGGUGGCUGGAGAGUUGAAAAAUGGCUUUGCUGUUGUCCGCCCUCCUGGUCACCAUGCAGAAGAGAGCACGCCAAUGGGUUUCUGUUACUUCAAUUCUGUGGCAAUAACCGCUAAACUGCUUCAACAGAGGUUCAAUGUGGGGAAGACCUUGAUUGUGGACUGGGAUGUCCACCAUGGAAAUGGCACCCAGCAGGCCUUCUACGCUGACCCUAGUGUCCUUUAUAUAUCGCUCCAUCGCUAUGAUGAUGGGAACUUCUUCCCUGGAAGUGGGGCUCCCGACGAGGUUGGCACUGGGGCUGGUAUGGGUUUCAACGUAAACAUGGCUUUUACUGGAGGCUUGGAUCCACCCAUGGGUGAUGUAGAUUACCUGGCUGCAUUCAGAACGGUGGUGCUGCCAAUAGCCAAUGAGUUUUCCCCAGAAGUCGUUUUGGUUUCUGCAGGAUUUGAUGCUGUGGAAGGGCAUCCAGCCCCUCUGGGAGGGUACAGAGUUUCAGCCAAAUGUUUUGGGUAUCUGACAAAGCAGCUUAUGGAGCUAGCUGGAGGCCGUGUUAUUCUGGCAUUGGAGGGAGGCCACGAUUUAACAGCGAUUUGCGAUGCCUCUGAAGCUUGUGUGUCCGCCUUGCUUGGUAACGAGCUAGAGCCAUUCCCCGAGUCUGUGCUGCAGCAGAGACCAAACAGCAAUGCAGUGAGUUCCAUGGAGAAAGUCAUUCAAAUCCACAGUGAAAACUGGUCAUGUCUAAAACGUGUUUCCUCGACCGUCUCCUACUCGCUUAUAGAGGCCCAGAAAUGUGAGACCGAAGAAGCAGAGACUGUGACAGCAAUGGCGUCCCUGUCCGUGGGCGUCCAUCCAGAGCAAAGAACCGAGGAUGAGCCGAUGGAUGAAGAGCCCCCGCUGUAGCAAAGUGACUGGUGACUGUCCGUUGUGUAAAUCCGUACCUUUGUUGGGGGGCUGCCCCCUCCAAUUUCUCUGCCUGUGCUCUGUCCCCAGGAAGACGAGCAGCGACAUGGAUGUAAAGAACUCUGUGUGCAUCCACAGAACCACAAACCGCGGUGCACUGUGCAACGCACAGCCGCAGUGUGCCGUCCCUGGUCACAGGAGGCACUGCUCCUUUAGGAGGCACUGGCAGCUCUUGCCAAAAAAAUAUUUUAUUUUCUUUCAUGAUUUUUAACAAAUACUAAUUCAAAGAAAAACAAGGAUAAAAGUGACCUCUUUUGGGGGGGUCCUUGUAAACAGUUUUGGUGCUUUAACAUUCUGCAGAUUCAGAAGGAUUCUGUGUGCGCUGAAGGGAGGGUGACCGUUACUCUGCGGACACUUAUUUAAACCACUUGGUUUAGCCUGUUUUCUCGAACAUUUCUCCUUCAUAACGGGGUUUAUGCAGUGGAUGAAAAGAAAUCCUCUGACGCCUGUUAACGUAGCGAGGGACUUUGUACUCUUAGUCUGGAAGAGAAACAAGAGGAAGGAUUGUGCCUUGUCCAUGGUUGGAACACAUUAUAUCCAUUUGAAUGGUUUAUUCCUUUAUUGUUGUUUAAAAAGUUGAAGGACUUGCCUUAAAAAUAUAAACGCCCACAAACUAGAGAAGAAGUGACACGUCACGACACACGAACACUUGUGUCCUCUCAGUGAUGCAUUGCAUUGACGUGGCAGCGAUUGUCUUUUGUUUUCUUUCACUUUUUGAUUUCUCUUAACCAAGUUGCAUGUCGUAGACGUACGAUAGCCGGACUGUGUCCUCCGCCAGUGAUCCGGGAUCUCCAAGCAUAAACUUUUUCCGCAAAUGAUAAUAUGUUGGUGCAUUUCUGCCACAUGGAGAUGGAGGAUAUGGGCUCUCACUGCGCAGGUAGCAUGUUACGGGCCUGCGUAAUUCCUUUUAAAGUGGCUCAUUUCUUUUUUUUUUUUAAUUAUAAUUUUACUUGUUCCGUAAGGUUCUUUGAGCAAAAGAUUGCAGCUGAGCAGUACAUUUCCAGUUUCAAGGUGUUUUUUUUUUUUUUUUAGUUAUUUUGAAUUCAAAGAUUUAGAAAUUGGGUCACACUUGUUUUUUUAUUUUAUUUUGCUAUUGUUUUUGUAAGGAAUGUUUUCUUGUGGUAACUCUUUGAAAUUUCCUUUUUUAAAAUUUUUUUGUUAUGCUAUUGAGAACUUUUAAGGGGGGGUUUUGAGUUCCCUCAGGGGAUUAUUUUAGAUUCCAAACUACUCCCCCCUGAUCUUCCCACCGAGACUUCCUGUAUGUAUCCGAAAUGUGGGGGACGGGUGACGGCAGAGAUGCCCCAUUAUGUAUCUUAACGAUCAAUCCUAAGACUGGUUAGAAUGCUCUUCUGAUUUGUAUCUGUGUAACGGGUACCUCUUACCUCACCUGUUACCGUGUCAGAGGGAGCCGUUAACUAAGACUUUCAUUUCUUUAAGGAGACCAACAAAGUACUGUAUGUGUGCCUUGCUCCUGGGAUUGCAUGGAGGGAGCAGGGGCCGCUCAGUCUGGGAUAUAACCUCAAUAUAGCACUUAUUAUCCAUGCUGAGAGUUGUGGCUGAAUUUACAGCAGCAUGUGACUCGCAGCCAUUGCCUAACAGACGUCUGGGACCUGGGAACCGCCUCGCUGCCAGGGGUGCAGUGUGUGCUGCUCGCCAGCACUUUUACUGGUUCCUCUGCAGAUUCUCCUUUGGAUUUGGCUUUAUUGUUAAUGGUUCUCCAGUGGCUGCGCUGCACCUUGACAUUUGUUAUUUUCCUGUCCUGGCAGCACAUGUGUUUCGGAUGAAUAGCCAGGGGGCCUCUGAAAGCCCCCACCUGUGUGUUGGGACCCUCACAUUGUGCCCUUACUGUGUGUAUUUUUAUUAUUAUUAUUAAUCUCAUGGCCGUUCUGUAACUACACUACAGCCUGUGACUGCACAAAGUCAGCACCUCACUGCACCAAACGGUCUUUAUUUCCUGGUCACACUGUGUGUGGUACUAGCAGUCCCUCCUUCCUGUUCUGCCCGCUGACCCUCAAUCUAUGUACAACAUGUUGGAUUUGUAUCAGCUCGUCCGUCUGUGGGCUGACACAGUACUGGUUGCCCUGGGUUUCAUCGUGUUUAGGGUCCUGGCCCUGGUUUGUGCCUUUGAGGCUCUCAGAAAUUGCAUGCUUCGGGCUUUUAUGGCAUGUAUUUUUUGAAUAUACUGGAUUCGCUCUGAAAGAUGUAUUACGGGGGAGGGGGGGUAUUGGAUGCUGAUAUAGGUCAACAAACAAUGUGUCGACAUUCACAAAUGUUGACAUUUGACAGCAGAUUGUCGACAUGUAGAUUUUUGCAUAUAUAGGAGCAGAUUCGAUUGUCGCCGGCGCCCCAUGGUGGGCGUCUAUCGGAACUUUUUCGUCGUUUAGACGCCCAUUAGUAUUCAACGCACUUGACAGCUUUAUGCGGCUAAACCUCCGUCUAAAGCGCUUGAUUGGGCAUCCAAAGUCCAGGUUUGGGUGACUUUUCAACAUAUUUUUUUCUCGCACCUCCUGAGGCUGUUUAAAAAAAAUUGUGACUGCCGUCUAUCAGAGGAACCAUUUAAUAGCUCCGAUAGACGCCCAGCAAGGGGCGCUGGCAACAGCUGAAUCGACCCCUUAUAACUGAACUCUAAAAAUAGCACAAAAAUGUACCGUUGACAUUCUGGUGUUGACAUGUUAAAUAUCAACGUUUGUGAAUAUGGUAAUUUUUCUCAUCGACCUUAUGUCCAUAUGGGACAGUCUGUCUGAAUCCCUAUUACAGGUGCUGUUAUAUUCAGGAAAAUAGUCAUAUCACUCUUUAAUCUGAUACUGUAUCUGAUUUCACUUGAAUGCCCACAUUCUACAUGGGUCUAGUAAAUGUGUCCAUAUCCGCUGAUCAUCUGGAAUUUGUGCUUUUAAUCAGUUAUCUUACAAAAGGAAAGAAGACGAAAACUAGUGUAGUAUAAGCAUAUGGGGAAUACACCUUUCAGAGCAGGAUCUGUUAAUAGCGCCCUUUCGGGCAACGAGCUGACCAUCAUUGCAUGAGACGUGAGCGAGCUGCCAGACUCUUCGUGUUGGGCUACCGGGUGUAGUCGGAGCGGUUUCUAUUUUUUCUCAUGGCGAUUUAUUCUUUCCUCGCAUUGAAUUUCAUUCCUUGUUUUCUUUCUUUAUUCUUAUUCCCAGACGUUCUACUUUUCCCGCUCAUUCCAUGUUUUACACACAUAUAUAUAUAGUUUUGUGUGUGCAAGGGAAGAGGCCACACUCCUAUUUUCUGGGCAUUGACCUCCCUAUAAAUGAAAUAAGAAAAUAUAUAUAAAGAUAAUUAUAUAUAGAAAUAUAUAUAUAUAUGAAUCUAUUUUUCUAGAUGUUACUAUAUACUUUGAGGCUGCAUGAAGCAGGCACAGCUCGGUCCUAUACUGUGUAGCUGGUCAUUUUGCUGUGCACGGCAGAGAAUGUGCUCCAUUCUCUAAGAUGGACACUUGUUUUAUUUUAUUUUGGUCAAUCUCAAAGUAUUGUUAUAGGUUAUGUUUUUGUUUUGUUUUUUAAUUGAAAGCAAAAAAUAUUCUGUAAGUUCUCUGUUUGCAAAUAUAGUCAUACAUGCCAUGAAGUGGAAGAAUAAUCUAUUUUCCUUUUCUGUGUAACGUCAUUUUUCUUGGAAGUCGUAGAGCUGAAGUGCCUCUGUAAGGUGCCAAGUACAUUGUGGGUGUUAGCACUGAGGGGAAAGCACUCCAUUUCCCUGUGCAGGCUAGAAUGUAGUGCUCACUGCAUUUCCCUGUGUAGACGGGAAUGUAGUGCUCACUGAAUUUCCCUGUGUAGACUGAAAUGUAGUGCUCACUGAAUUUCCCUGUGUAGACUGGAAUGUAGUGCUCACUGCAUUUCCCUGUGCGGGCUGGAAUGUAGUGCUCACUGCAUUUCCCUGUGCGGGCUGGAAUGUAGUGCUCACUACAUUUCCCUGUGCGGGCUGGAAUGUAGUGCUCACUGCAUUACCCUGUGCGGGCUAGAAUGUAGUGUUCACUCGAUUUCCCUGUAUGGGCUGGAACGUAGUGCUCACUCGAUUUCCCUGUGCUCACUCCAUUUUCCGUCAUGGCCUGGAAUGUAGUGCUCAGUGCAUUACCCUGUGCAGGCUAGGAUGUAGUGCUCACUGCAUUUCCCUAUGCAGGCUGGAAUGUAGUGCUCACUACAUUUCCCUGUGCGGGCUGGAAUGUAGUGCUCACUGCAUUGCCCUGUGCAGGCUGGAAUGUAGUGUUCACUCGAUUUCCCUGUAUGGGCUGGAACGUAGUGCUCACGCGAUUUCCCUGUGCUCAUUCCAUUUUCCGGCAUUGCCUGGAAUGUAGUGCUCACUGCAUUACCCUGUGCAGGCUAGGAUGUAGUGCUUACUACAUUACCCUGUGCAGGCUAGGAUGUAGUGCUCACUGCAUUACCCUGUGCGAGCUGAAAUGUAGUGCUCACUGCAUUUCCCUGUGCAGGCUGGAAUGUAGUGCUCACUCCAUUUUCCGGCGUGGCCUAGAAUGUAGUGCUCACUGCAUUACCCUGUGCAGGAUAGGAUGUAGUGCUCACUGCAUUACUCUGUGCGGGCUGUAAUGUAGUGCCAACUUCAUUUCCCUGUGUGGGCUGGAAUGUAGUGGUGACUCCAUUUUCCCUGUGCGUGCUGGCAUGUAGUGCUCACUCCAUUUCCCUGUGCAGGGAGGAGUGGAGUGCACACUCCAUUUUAAUUAAUUGGGAAAAUACGUUUGUGCUCCUAGAGGAAACAACUGGUAUGUGCGCAGAAGGAAAUGGGGCAGGUCUGCCGUAUUGGAAAGGAUGGCUUUCAUUAGUAUUGCUUUAUCAAGCCUCUCACAUGUAUGUACAUAAACUAUUCCUUUUUGUUUUUUUUAAUGUGUAUGCUAAAACACUAUUAAGGGGCAAGUAGUGUGAUACAGUCUACAGCCCCGUGUAAACACUGUGUAUCUUCUGUCAGCAGUCAGAGAGCAGGUCAGACAUGUCAGUGUAUGCAUCAUUUCACAUGUGCUGUCUCCCAUAUUGCUGUUACACUAUAACACUGUUCUAUGAUGUAAUCUGCUUUGUCAGUUACUAUAUGUGUGUGUGUGUGUGUGUCCUCCAAUAACUGAAGGUUUGCAGGCAGUGUAGCAUUAACCUAUUUCCAUUUUGGGGUGUACAAUGAGGUUUCCACAUUGGGGUGUAUGCUGUACGCAGGUGACCAUCACUGUUACAUGAUGCUAGUGAUUUGGAACCAGAUGCAUUGAUGACAGCCAGGUGUUCGGCUAGUGCUGUGCAAGCUCAGGCUGUUAGGGUUUGUUGUUUUUUAUUUGUUUUUUUUUUAAUUAUUAUUAUUAUUAUUAUUUCUAAAUGGUCACCAAAUGCGUUAAUGAUUGAAUUGGUGCAGGCACUCUUCUUUCUUUUUUUCUUUUUUGUUUUGUUUAUUCUACAAUUCCCAGCAUCUUUUGACCUGUAGUGAAUUUGUAACCUGACGUAAUAUCUGCAAUACACUGAACACAUUGCCUGCCUGUAUCCUUGCCUGAUGUUAUUUAAGAGCUGCCACCUGUCUGUGAUUGUAUGUUUACUUCAGAGGUGACCCCUCGCAGAGCAGACAGGAGUAAUUGCUGCCUUUUUAUGUAGGGGGGUGCCACACGCAUCCCCUACGCUGCAAACGCACUGUGUAUAAAGGAAGAGAAAUACGUAAGCUAAGAACUGCAAACUCCAGCCAGAGUUACUACGUAUCCUGGGCCCUGCCGAGGCCAGCUUUCUCAUACGGACUGGAAGAAGGGACUAGAUGUGUUUGGAGUUUAACUUUCCAUAUUCUGAUGGUGAGAAGUGUGUGUGUAUGUAUGUGUGUGUAUAUAGUUAUAUAUAUAUAUAUACAUAAUAUAAAUAUAUAUAAAAAUAAGAUUAUAAACUUAGAGAAUUUCAUGCAUCGUUUACCAGAUCUGCAGAUCUGUAAUGACGGUUUUAUAACUAUGAAUCCUUUGGGACCCUUUUCAUUCACCUGCGUUUUCUGUGUCAGGUUUCAGCCCACUAUUGCAGGAAGCUGGGCUCUUUUUUCUGCCACUUUCUGUUCCUCUCUAGGAGCUGAACACUGAUGGUUUUAUUUCUUCUUCCUUUGUUUUUUUUUAUUAUUUUAUAUUAUUUGCCAUUUUUUAUCUACCUUUUCCACUGACUGGCUGUCUUUAUUUUACUUUUUUCUGUGACAAGGACAAUGGAUUUGAACUUUCUUAGCAGUGCAGUAUUUUCUACCACAUGAUGGCAGCGUGUUACUCUUGUGAUGUAAAUAAAACAGAAAAUGUUCCCUA